AUGGUUGUGCCAGGAUUGAACCUCAAACGCAAGCGGUCGCCGGACGCUGAAGGGAGGGAGGAAAAGUGGAACUGGACAGGGAAUACACCACCGUCAUUCGUUGAGCGGCGACUGUCUCCCCGCUCACCGAACCGACGAGCGCAACGGACUACCAGGCGGACGCGUAGACAGCCAGUGAUGGUGGAGAAUCCCGAGGAUCCACCAUUGCACAAUCAUACCCUACACGACAAACUGGUUAACAUGGAUGGAUUCGAAUACAUGCUACUUCCAGGACGUGAUGAGGAUAUUUUUGGAAAAGUGUACACCUGCAAGAAACACUCUCUGGUCAAGUCCAAAGCGGUGGGGACAGUGUUUGUUGUUGUGAUGGACUGGUCGAAGGAGUCUAUGACCCGCUUGCACAAUGCCUGCGCAAAUCAGGAUAAACCAUUGCGGAACCGAGGAGAGAUCAAUGCAAAGGGGUUUUUCAUCGCACUACCAGAACGGAAUGAUUUUGUAGUGUGGAGAAACAAGUGGGGAACAGGAGAGGAGAAGGAUGACUUUGUGAAAUCAUGGUCUAACUCUAUAAAGGAUUAUGACAGCCAAGAGCAAUCUGGAAUGAGAGGUCUGCGUGGGGAACUGUAUGGACCGAAAGAGCAGCAUCGCCAGGGGCGUGGAGGGGUUCAGAUUGAGAGGAUGAGGUCUAUGAAGCCGGUCAGGGGUUCAAGCCGGUCCUAUCUUCUCUCGGUUUCCAACCAGAGCCAACGGAACUUGGAAGGGCCUGCCGUUAACAGUAAAAGGUAUGGUCGAAGGCUGGAUGAUUUAGGAGAUUUACAGAAGAGAUUACUGGCGCGAGGCGCACAGUGUGGUGUGAGGGGUCUUGCAAAGGUGGAUGGUCGGUGGAAAGAGAACGUACGUACGCAGGCGGAGGUGUCCAACUGUGCGAGGGUUGGGUGUGAUGAAAACCUGUUCUGGGCGAGUGCACAAUUGAACAUUGCAUCACUGGAUCACGUUCCAAAUGAGGUGUCGAGUGUGGUUCCAGUUAAAGGGGGAAAUGAAUUAAGAGAGAAAAGAAAGGCCCCAGGGUUAAUCCACGACAUUGGUCAAUCCGGGGGUCCCCAUAACGACGGCGGUGAUCAUGAGGGGAUGGUGUCACAUAUGAUGAACUGGUCAGAACCUAGGGCAGACGUCUACGAGGAAUACUUUACGAUAUUUGACUCGGGGUGCUGCUGGAGGCUGGAUGAGCUUUGCUCUAUCUACUUUUCCGGCCUCCAUUAUCAUAGUGGUGCCUCAGCAAUACCGAAGGAUGAUUUUGAUGGAGCAUCCACGUACACGAGGAUGACCUUGAUCAUGUAUCCAUCUGCUCGGGAACUUGAAGGUGACUCCCAGGUUGCGAUGGGUUUUAUACCCAUGGAACCACGUCAUGGUCUUCUGACAUUAAAUGUGGAGAUGAGGAACUUUGCGUGCGUGGAGAAUCUACAAUACAGCUCUCAUGCUUAUGCUGACCGCGGCCUGACUACCUAUGGAAAUUAUAUUGCAGAUGGGCUGUCGUUUAUGACUGAACAAUCAUAUCUCAACCACUUGUCCCGAAAUUUUCUGUGCUUUGUCACGUACAUGAUUCGUCAGGCCCCGAUGGAUGGACUGGUGCGUGUGGAUAAGGAAAAGUUCCUUUCUGCCUUCUCCAUGCGAGACGGGAAUGUGCGAAUUGGGACACAGCCUUGGGAGUUGGGGCCCGGGUGGACAGGUGACGACGUGAGGAUUGGAAAGAUCUAUGAAAAUGACUUUGAUGCAAUGUCAGAAGAGCAGUGCCUUCAGUUAUGGAACUCGGACACAGGAUCUGACCUACCAUUUGGGAAUGAGGGGAUCAGGUUGCAACGAGAAGUAUGGAAGGAAUACAAGAUGCAGGCUAUGCAGGUUUUGCCCAUUUGCCACGCGUCAGGGGAAGUAGAUGAAGUGGACUCCAUUCGGCAUGGUAACUACCGCAGGAUAAUUAGGGAUCAGGCAAUGAGAAAGGCGCGAAGCAAGGUACAAAAUCAAGUUAAAAAAGCAGUCAAAGGUCGGAUCAAACGUGCAAGUUCCAAAAGGGUAAAUGUUAAGGGGAAGGUGAAGAUUGGUGUGGGUCGCAAGCAAGGGGAGCACAAUAUGGAGGAGAUAGAGGUUGACAGAGAAGAUGUGAGGGUCACGAAGGCCUCCUUAGGAGCAAGUGACGGAAAAGGUUGGAAAGAUAUUGAAUUGGUCCAAAGAUGCACUCUAAUUUGGGCCCUGGUAGGAAAAAAACCUGAUGGUGUUACUGUUGGCCGACUGGUGCCCCCCCCCCGACUUCUGGUUCCCCCUUCAACGCUGGUUAUCAACCUUUUGUCUCCUUCCCUGCGAUCUGAGGUCGAUAGUCUUGACAGAGACUUAGGUUGCUACAAGCUGGUACCUCAUUUUCCCUCGCAAGAGUUGAGGAAAGGAGCUGGCUUUGGCGAUCUUGCGAAAUCUUACAGUUGCCUUUCAAUAAUUAAUUCACGAAAUGGAAUAGAGGCAAGGAUAAUCCAUCAGGAUCUACUGCUGCUUCGGAUGGUGGUGUGGGAGGAGCUCACUGUACUCCAAGAGAGUGCUUUGCGAUUCCUACAGGAAAAAUCCGAUCAUCUGUAUGGGCAUCUGCACCUUGAGGUCGAAUGGUUCACCCGACUCGCACUUGAUAUCCGGCAUUGGCUUGAACUUCAGGCUGGCGACCAAGAAUUUCGUGCGGAAACUUACUUGACUCCUGAUUUUCUGGUGGACCAAAGAAAUACUACAAUCCUACGAUGCUCCAGAAGGCAAAUUUUCCCAAGUGAUCCUCUUGGAUGGGUAAUGAAUUGUGCUAGAGAAUUUGUUGUAAGUUGGAUGGGACUUGUGGUGGGAAAGAAACAGGAAUUGUCAUCAAUUUUUAUUCGUGAGGUUUACAACCGCUUGGGGGUUGGAGCUUUGGCUCUAGGGGAGGUAUGGCGUGUGGCAGAGAAUGUACCUUUGCAUCUUCUUGGUACAUCCAAGACAAAAGAUGUGGAUGCGUCUGAGGUCAUUCGCAAGAUGUGCCAUAUCAUGAGCUCGACGGUGGAAGUAGAUGAAGAUGUGAUGGGGCUUCUGGUUCAGAUUCACAAGAAGUGUUUCUCGGUGCGUGAUCAGCUAUCAAAAGAUCGGUUGGAGGUGUUAGUGGGGAUAGGUUCAAGGGGGAGAAGGUCUGUACCCCCUGAGCCCAUCUACAUUGUGGCCAUUCUUAAGCAUCAUCCAAGGCACACCACUCAUACUUAUCCAGGGCCAAAUGAGGAGGGGAUGGGCAUCUUAACGGAGUCUGAUGGUACAACAAGCUUUCCGAACUACACUGCAAACGAUACGUGA